GAAAGGGCAAAACGAAAGAACAAAACUGCCCGAGAUCCAAAAUGUUAAAUGCCUUGUCAUCCCAAAAAUACGUUUUUUGAUUCUCUGUCUAUCUCUUUCUUACAUAUAGAUUCUCUUGCUGAAAAAUCUUCUAAAGAAGCAGACUUGGACUUGUGAGCUUAGAAUCAGAGUUGAGCAGCAAUGGUAAAUGUGAAGGGAGGGACCAGACCACCAUGGGUGGGUUUAGGAGCUGCGGUUUGGGUUCAGAUUGCUUCAGGGAACGCGUACACUUUUCCCUUGUACUCUCACUCCCUCAAAACUGUUCUGGGUUUCAACCAGCGCCAGCUAACUAUGCUUGGAGUCGCUAAUGACAUAGGUGAAAACGUUGGCCUCAUUCCGGGCAUCGUUAGCAACAAGUUAGCUCCAUGGGUUGUUUUGUUGAUCGGUGGUUUGGCUUGCUUCUUUGGCUAUGGUGUUCUAUGGCUUGCUGUCAGCGGUACUGUUACGUCUAUUCCUUAUUGGUUGUUAUGGAUAGCCCUCGGUAUAGGCACCAAUAGUUCUGCCUGGUUGACUACAGCUGUGCUUGUAACCAACAUGAGAAACUUCCCUGUUAAUCGAGGCACUGUUGCCGGUAUUCUCAAAGGCUAUGGGGGGCUCAGUGGGGCUGUAUUCACAGAAAUUUAUAGUGUGCUGCUUCGGAAUUCUUCUUCUGAUCUUCUAUUGUUCCUUGCAAUUGGGGUUCCUGUCCUUUGUUUCAUUAUGAUGUAUUUCGUCAGGCCUUGCACUCCAGCUUCUGGUGAUGACUCUGCUGAACAUGGCCAUUUUCUUUUCGCCCAAAUUGCAAGUUUUGUGCUUGGCUUGUAUCUUCUGUCAACUACAAUAUUGGAUGAUAUGCUUAAUUUAAGCUCUCCAAUUUCAAAAUCUAUAGUUGUCGUAAUGGUUAUACUUAUUAUGGCCCCACUUGCAAUCCCCAUCAAAAUGACACUGUAUCCCUCUCCAGCCAGCAAAUCAGGGACACUUAAUCAAAAGGUUGGUUCCUCAGAAAGUCUGAUUCAUGCAGAAGGGAAUGCUGAUAAAGUAGAACCCCUGCUGACACCGGCUUCAUCAGCAACAAACCAAGAAUCCUCUUAUGAUGACGAUGACGAGUCUGAAGUGGCUAUGCUUCUUGCCGUGGGUGAAGGAGCAAUAAAGAGGAAGAGAAGGCCUAGAAGAGGGGACGAUUUCACAUUUACUGAAGCUAUAGUGAAGGCUGAUUUCUGGCUUUUAUUCUUUGUCUACUUUGUAGGGGUUGGUUCUGGUGUUACUGUUCUUAACAAUCUUGCUCAAAUUGGGAGUGCACAAGGUCUACCUGAUACCACGAUUCUGUUGUCUCUCUUCAGCUUUGGCAAUUUUCUGGGUCGUCUUGGUGGUGGUGUUGUGUCUGAAUACUUUGUGAGGUUGAAAACACUUCCGCGGACAGUUUGGAUGACAGUUACUCAAACAACCAUGAUCAUCAAUUACCUUUUAUUUUCUUCUGCUAUUAAGGGCACCUUGUAUCCAGCUACUGCUUUACUUGGAAUCUGCUAUGGUGUUCAAUUUUCUGUCAUGAUUCCAACCGUCUCUGAGCUUUUUGGAUUGAGAAAUUUUGGUUUAUUCUUCAAUUUCAUGUCCUUAGGCAAUCCUCUAGGUGCUCUCCUCUUUUCUGGUCUGCUAGCAGGGUAUAUAUAUGACAACGAAGCAGCAAAGCAGCACGGUCUUCAUCGGUCUGAUCCAACUGUUGCUUGCUUGGGUCCAAAUUGCUUCAGACUCACAUUUUAUGCAUUGGCUACUGUCUGUGGCAUUGGCGUCAUCAUCAGCAUUGUUUUAACCAGGAGGAUAAAGCCUGUCUACCAAAUGCUGUAUGCUGGGGGGUCCUUCAGGUUGCCCCAAAGCACAAAUGGUUAAUUUUACUUUGCGGAGUGUGAUAAUUUGAGCUUUUCGAGUCACUGCCCUAUAUGGUUACUUUGGCUUUUGUGAGUUUUGCUACCAUUUGACUCUUACCGGCUCCAUGCAUAUAAGAGUCAUCUUAAUAAAAAAACUAAUCCCUAGUUAAUUUUUGGUUAUUGUUGUUACUGUACUUAAUAGAAUAUGUUUGUGCAUCUAGGUGCCAGACCUUGCUCCUAACCCAUCAGGGUAAUUGAGCUGUAAAAUUAGUCAGAUAUAUACACAACCAAUAAUUUAUUAGGUGUUGUUGGGGAUUGUCAUCUUUAUUGAAAUUUAUAUACGAAUAUUUAUUCAUUCA